GAGCUUUGGAGCGCGUGAGCAUCAUGCCAGCCAAUGGGAUGUGGCGCAUUAUAUGGGGCAGAGACUCUUAAGUCAGCCCGUUAUAGUCCUUAUCCUAAGAAGACGCAGGAUAAGGCAGCCAUGCAGCCUAUGAAUAUGUAUAUGGUUCCCAAUCCAGGAAUACCAGGCUGUCCACCGGGAUUAGAGUACCUGACACAGGUAGAUCAACUUCUUAUCAAACAGAAAGUUGAGCUUAUUGAAGCUUUGGCAGGCUUCGAGAGCAACAAUAAAUAUGAGAUCUGUAACUCCAUGGGUCAGAACGUGUUUUACGCAGUGGAGGAGAACGACUGUCUCACCCGUCAGUGCUGCGGCCCGCUGCGAUCCUUCACCAUCCGUGUCCUGGAUAACUUCGGAGAGGAAAUCAUCACAGUCAGCCGUCCUCUGAAAUGCAUGUCCUGCUUCUUCCCGUGUUGUCUGCAAGAGCUGGAGAUCCAGGCUCCUCCUGGCAACACAGUGGGAUAUGUUCUACAGCAGUGGCACCCUUUCCUCCCCAAGUUCACCAUAGAGAAUGAGCACCGAGAGCCGGUUCUCAAGCUCCAGGGGCCGUUCUGUGGCUGGAGCUGCCUGCCAGACGUGGACUUUGAGAUUCUGACCAUGGAUGAAGUCAGCAUUGGAAAGAUCAGCAAACAGUGGACAGGACUUCUCCGGGAGGUAUUCACAGAUUCAGACAACUUUGGGAUCCAGUUCCCCAUGGAUCUUGAUGUGAGAAUGAAGGCAGUGAUGAUCGGAGCCUGCUUUCUCAUUGACUUCAUGUUUUUUGAGACGAAAAACUAGUUGCUACACAGACGGUGUUGUGACUGUUGACAUGAGUGAAAACAGGAGAUAUUUACCCUUGCACAUCAUUCAUCUGUAAAAUCCAAUGGAAUGCAUAGAAGAAAAGUGGUUUUAGAGACUGUGAAGUAGCUUCAGGUGUGUGUUCAACUGGUUACACUGAUUAAAGUGUUUUAUAUUUAUUUAUUUAUUUUUUAUCUAUACAUAACAAAUGACUAUACUGUACAUAAUAAAUGCCAUGAAUUGCAUUUAAAGGAACAGCUCACCCCAAAAUAAUUAUAUAUAUAAAUAAAUUAAUGAAUAAUAAAUCUGCCAUUGUUUAUUCCAAAAUCAUAUGACAUUCUUUCCUCCAUGGUCUUUAAAACCAUGUUUGAAAGUGAAUGGACAUAACAGCCAUGGAGGCCCAAAAAAAACACAAUAAAAGAAGCCAUAUAACAGAUUUGUGUGAAAAAGAGUCUUAAAUAGUGAACUAUUCCUUUAAGAGCUGUCCAUAUGACUACGCAUAUUCAAUUUUGCAGUUAUACCUACGCUAAAUGACCAAUAUACACCUUUAAAACACAAAGUUAUAUUUUAUUGUGAAAUAGUAUUUUUCAGCACUUUUCAUUUUAAUCAAUAAUCCCCCCCCCCCUCAAAAAAUGUAUUGCAUGCAAACAGAUGUUGCAAACAGCCAAACAGUUGGACAAAGUGGUCUGAGAAAAAAAAAUAGUCAUGAUUUGUUAUUUAUUGUGUGAUUUACGUAGCUUACAUAUUGUUUGUUUGAUUUGUAGUGUCAACAAAAAGCUUUUAAACAGGAAUAUGUUUUUUAAGAAUCUGUGAGCUUAUAUUUUGUAGUACUCAGUGUCUCCAGAAGAGGGGAAUGUUGAUCUUUAAGUACACGCAAAAUCUUCUACGUUUUAGGUCCUUAAGUGACUGGGGUUUGCAAUUUAAGCACAUCUACUGUAUGUGAUGCUUCAUGAAUGUCUGAUAUAGUUAAUAUAGUGUAUAGUUUGACUAACACAAAAUGUAUUUUUAUCAGGACACUUUUAUUUAUUUUUUUUAUAUUUAUUUUGACAUGUUAUUACUAAUUCCAGUGCUAUAUUAUCUAGUGCAAAACAAUUGUAUAUACUGCACAUGUUUGUCUAAUCAUUAUGUAGGCAAUGCACUGUUAUUUGUGUUUGCUUUUAGUUAUAAUUCAACAUGCUUUAAUUGAAUUUGUCUUUGAACCAAAAAAACAAAGAAGAAAACACAAAAUCGUGUCACAGGGAUGUUUGGUGGAAACUGAACUUUUCUUCUCCAGCUACAGCCAACAAGUCGGCAAUAAUGCUUCCUAAUGAGCUGUGAGUUAUGAGUGCUGAUGAAAGAGAACAUGGCUUUACGCCAUACAAAAACUGUUUAUAGGUUUGAGAAGAAUUUCUAUUUUUACCAUUUAGCGGGGAGUGUUCAGUCAUGCCAUCAGCCCAGCCCGGGCUUUGAUCUGACCUCGGCUUGUGAAGAAAGUAACAUUUUAAAACCAUAUUAGCGUGAUGGAAACACACAAGGCACUGAACUCUGAUCUGGAAUGCAAUAAAGAGAAUUAUUUAGCUGAGGA